AUGGCCACUGAUAGUCUGUUUGUAUGCUAUUGCUUCCUUUCAGUGCUUUAUAUGCUUUCUCUACCUCACAAUUGCCAUUCCCUGACUGUUGAUGGUGGAGACAGUAUCGCUUUGGGGGCCUCUCUCACUGGAAAUCAGAGCAUAGUUUCAAAGAAUGGCACCUUCGAAUUGGGAUUUUUCUGUCCUAAUGGAACCAAUAACUGGUACAUCGGUAUCUGGUACGCCCAAAUCACCGAGAAGACCAUUAUUUGGGUGGCUAAUAGAGAGACUCCCAUCAGAAACAAGCCGGGCGUUUUGAAGCUAUCAACAGACGGCUAUCUCAAACUAUAUGAUUCAGAGGGACGCUCAAUUUGGUCGACAAGGAAGAAACAGAAAGCUAUAGCCUCGAGAGCUAUCAUACUUGAUUCCGGUAGUUUUGCUAUGUUGGGUGGACACACCAUUUCGGAGAUUGUCUGGGAGAGUUUCUUGUACCCGACAAACACAAUCUUGUCCGGAAUGAAGGUGUGGAAAGGCAUAAAGCUAACUUCCUGGAGAAGCUCGUCGGAUCCAGCGCCUGGACCCUUCUCUUUCCAAAUGGAUCCAACCCCAGGCAAGACGGACUUUUUGCUCCUAUAUAAUAACAAUAUUAGUUAUUUGAACAGCGGAGAGUGGGUUGGUAACCAAUUCACCAACAUGCCAGAGAUGUCUAAUAAGGACUCUUCUAAAAUUCUUAAGACCGCCUUUGUAAAGAUUUCUCCCACAAGGAUGUACUUCACGUUUGAUCAAAUAUCAUUAUUUGAUAGUUUCACUCAGCGUGUAGUCCUCGACAAGUCUGGAGAUCUAGCAGCAUACAAUCGAAUUAGUGGUAGCAGCUGGAAUCUUAUCUGGUCUAUACCUCGAGACCUCUGCCUUGUUUAUAAUCUAUGCGGGGCUUACGGAGCGUGCAACAGUAACAAUCUUCAAUUCUGCAGCUGUCUCGAAGGCUUCAAACCAAGAGACAAUCGCGCCUGCUGCAUGCCUGGAAAAUUGCUCCUGCAAAGCCUUCGAUCACACUAA